UGUUUUCCUCCCUGCAGCUUCUGAUUGUAAUAAUGACAGUGUGUGACAUCAUUACAGAUGUCAGGAAAACUUCUUUUGCUAUAAAAAAUUUCCUGAAAUUUCAAGUUUCUUGCGGGUAAAGACAAAGCUAACCAAGCGACACCACAAGAAAAAACCGGCUCAAACCCCCCAAGACAACCAUGGAAAACCAAGAAAUGCAUAGCUGUGCAUCCUCACAUCCCUCCCAGGAGUCCACACAGGAAGAAACCCCCAAAACAAUGGUCAAGCCACAGAGCAAGACUGUGUUGAUUGGGGUCAACGAUCUCCGCCCCAUCGUGGAGAAACACUUUGACAGGAUCUCCACAGUGCAGUGGACCUUGCUGAAGGACGGCUGCAUCGAUGGGGAAACUUUAAUCAUCCUUGCUGACCUGAUAAAAGAAAUCAUUCAGACAUCAGCAGUGGAUGUUGUAGAAACCCUCAUCCCAAUGCUCAAGAAGAAAGCCAACCAAAAACGGCUCCCAUCCAUAAAAACCGUGGUGGGAGAGGCUUUUUUCAAGUGCAUGGCCAUGAUCCUUGGAAUUAGAACAAAAGUUUGUGAAAAGACCAAGGAACUGACCAACAUGAUAGAGGAGGAAAUUGAACAAAAGGUGAACAAGAUGAUAAAGAUGGCCAUAAAAGUGCCCAAAGUAGCAAGCCUCUACAUCAACGGAUGCGUGUCAAACUUUAAACGUCUUGGGGUGAUGGUCAAAAACACCGGGAAUGUUUUGCAACGAUUCCUACAGAAAAUAAGGAUCACCCCAGAGUGGAAAUACAGGACCUCAUCUGAUUCCGAUUUCACAGAGGAAACGGUUUACUCCUUUCCAAGUUUUUCUGUGGAAAAGUUCUUUGAUUUCAGAGAGGCUGUGGAAGGUGUGAUUGUUAUUCUCAAAAAGUGGACUACCUGCUCAGAUUCUGUGAGGGUGGAUGCUGCAAUUGAGAUUACCAAUGCCCUUCUGGAAGACAUGGGGAACGAGGAAAGGACCUCGGUCCCGGCUCAUCCUAGCAUCAGCGUAGUGAUGGACAAGGUUAAAAACUUCCUGGCCUCACACUCCCUGUCGGAGGACUCAAAGGAACGCUUCAAAGCAUUUGCGGGAAAACUGUUUGACCAAAUGCUAAGAUAUCUGAACGAAGAAUUCAAGUUCAAGUGUCAGAAGUUCCUUCUGGAUGAGGCUUCCAAACCGACAUCCACUGGACAAGACAUGGAAACACAAAGCCAGAUUGAGUUGGACCAGGACGUGAUCCUGAACAGGUUCCUCAGCUUGUUUGAUGUGAUCCAAAAAACAGAAGAACCAAAUCUUCUGAAUAUGGAAAGCAUGUCUUCCAAAAAAGAAAUCCUCCUGUACAUGAUGGAAAAAUACCAACAUCUUGUUCAGCAAACGGAAGAGUCAAAGUCGGAGGCCACAAAAAUGCUCCGCUCCAACACAAGAGGCGCCAUAAAAGCCUUUAUGCACGAGGUGUUGCUGUGGAUAACAGAAGAGCUGACCAGUGACCUGUCCCUCAACGAUAAAGUCAAAGAAGUUCUCACAGCCAUCGAGAACCUCUUCAUCAUGCUGUUAAAGAAAGCAGAGGACAGUGAUCUGGAAGAACCAUCACAUGAGGAGGAAGAUGAUGAAGAGGAAGAUGAAGAAGAGGAGGAAAAUGAGGAAGAUGAGGAUGAGGAGCAAGAAGCUGAGGAGUUGAAAGAUUCAGAAAAUGAAGAGGAUUUGCUUCCAAAAAGCCAAAGUAAUUUAUUACUUGGGGAACAUUCCUCUCCUGGAUCCUUCAGAGAGUCAGGUGAAACUUGGAAUGAUGCUAUGAUAACAAGUCUUCUGAUAGUUAUUCUAUCAGACCACCUUAAAAAUAGAAAGAAGUCUAAGCAUGCUGCUGAAAUUCAGCUCUUAGUUGACUCUCUCUUAGGCCACGUGAUGCCUAAAAAUCCCUCUGUGGUCUGUAAAAGCAUCAUCAUACCGAUGAAUCAUAGAGACAUACGAGCCCUUCUGAUCACCAGCUUCCAGGAGAAGUUUGGUAACCCGGAAAAAUUCUCUAAGGCUGCUCUGAAAGAUCCUGACACAGUUGUUGAGGAAUUGAUGGACUGUGUCAGCAAGCACCUGGGGAUAGGAAAAGAACCCAAGAAGGGUUGUUUCAGGAGAGGACUUUCUCGAUUUGGAAAGUUCAUGCGUAAACUGUUCUGCCCGUGCAGCAGUUAG